AGCCCCAUAUCCUCUUUGCCCUGAAAGAAACAGACCAGCAAUAAUACCUGGCAAGGCCCAGCAAAGGCCCAGACUUUUUUUCUACUCUUGACACCCUGGUUUGUCCUCCCCUACCAGAAGAUGAGAAAGCAUGCAACCAAGCUCUGGGUAUCUCUUGAGGAACUUUAGAAAUGGCAUUCCCGCACCACCUGACACCCUUAGAGCCUUAGAAUCAGAUUCCUUUCUUCCCCAAUACCCCCAGCUGGCUUAAGAAUAGGCAGACUCACACCUGCAUCUGAGUCCAUGAAGGGAGCUUGCUGCUAACCAGGAAGGGAUGGCUGGCCACUGUACCAUUCUGGUCUACCUCAACCCAAGAAUACUGAUGGCCCAGGCAUUGUCCUGGAGAGACCCCUGAGGACAGAAUCCUGGCCAUCCAAGAACCACAACUUCACACACGUCCUCCUUACUGCUGUAGUCUGUCAUCAGGCAGAAGCCUCCUCUGCUGAGAGGAAACAAGACCCUGCCUGAGGGACAAGGAAGCCCAUAAGCACCCCUACACUCUGCUGGCAACCAGGCUCCUAAUAAUGUACUACUGUGGAGCCCCUGAGUGGUGCCUAGUGGAGUUUUUCAGGGCCUAGAUACCAUGGCUCUAAGUGGUAGCCUUGGCUGAAAAAGUGUAAGGGAAGCUGCCCCAAUUGGGCAGCAGUUACGGGAGGCAGUGAAGAGCAAACUUCAUGACUUAGCCUCCUGUCCCAUCGGGGCCUGGCGAGCUUGCAAACGUCCCCCAGCAGCAGCAGCUGACUUCAGUUUGCAUCGCUGCAUUAAAAUCCCUGUGGUUCUGAGUCCUGGCUAUAUGCCAGAAUCACCCGUGCAAAUCUGGAAAACUGCACCUGCACACCCUGUGGUUCUGAUUCAGAUCUGGGGUGGGGCCGGAUGUGGGUAGCUCUUAAAGGUCCACAGUGACUCUGGUACAUAGCUUUGUACAGCUGGUCUGUACAUGUUCCCUGUGCCUUCAUCCCCACCCACAACCUCCAUUGUGUGUCAUUUGACCAACUGAUUCCAAGAUUUCCAUCACCAGCCUUGCUGUCUCCAUUUUGCUCUAGGUUACAAAUUCAGCUUCUUCCUGAUUUCCACUUAGGAAAAUCCACAGGCCUUUCCAACUCAGCAUGUCCAACACUAUACUUACAAGCUCCUGCCCCUGCCAGGGAGCACGUCUUCCCACAAUGCUUCGCUUCCACCUGGUCACCCAGGCCACAGCUAAGGGCACAUCUUUGUCCAUCCUGCCUUCACCUCAUCUGAAUAGGCACCGACUGCGUUUUUAAAAGGAUGGGGUGCAGCUGGGCCUGUGUGGCUCCCAGCUCUCCAUAACCUUGCUCAAGCCUCCAUUCUUUCCCCAGCAACCUCCUGGGGAGAGGGUUUGGUGACCACUGUCUUGCCACCUCUCCUGUCUUGCUUGGUUCUAAACCAUCCUUCCCACUGCAGCUAAUCAUCCUGGAAAAUGCAUCUCUGACCAUAUCUUUCUACUGUGAACCCUUAAAUGGUCCCUGGCAUCUUUGGGGUAAAAGCCAGGCACUUCAGGGACAUGAGUUUUCCAGCCCUGUUACUACCCAACCUCAGCCCACCGGCCAAAUUGCCAUAAUUAGGCAACAGAAUUGCCACCUUUCCCUCCUAUUUAAAGCCUUAGCUCCUAUUUUCCUGCUCCGUGACCCUCCCCCUUUUUUGGCUGUCACACCCACCUCCUCCCUCACUGCAAAGGGUGUGCCGAGGGCCAAGGUGUUUGCCCGGGCCUCUCUCCCGUCUGAGCAGCUCCGGAGGUGAGCAGUAGAAAGACUCGCUGCCCCGAAUUAGGUGAACAAUCUGUUGAGAGAAAAAUGAUCUGCGCCAAUCAGGACCCCGUGCGGUGCACGCCCUAGAGCCUGUGGCCAAGGCCAGGACCCGCCGGUCCCUCCCGCGCUCGCUCACUCCCUCCCGCCCUCGGCCCAGCCUCCAGCUCCCCAGUUCGCGUGUCUACAAACUCCGAACUCCCCGUUUCCGUGUCUCUCCGCCUCCCGCCUUCUCCACUCUUUUCCUCCGGGCGUCCUCUCCCAACGUCUACUCCCGGCCUUGGGGGACACAGCAGAGCCAGUGGGGACCUAAUUCAAGGGGAGAGUGGCCAGGUGAGCCCAGAAAGGUGGGGCGGGGCGGGGGCGCUCUGGGCCCCACCCCGGGAUCCGGUGACGCCGAGGCUGGAAUUUGACACCGGACGGCGGGCAGCAGGCUGCUGAGGGAUGGAGUGGGGCUCGGCCCCCAGACACGGCCCGCGGGCUCCGCCAGCAGCAAGUCCCUCGGGCCCUAGUCCUUGCUUCGACCGGGGCUCAGAGGCCCGCAUCCGAGGUAAGCCCGCCCACGUGCCCAUCCCUGGUCCCAGCGCUGGACGCACACUCCUGGGCUGCUGGCAGAGGCAGAGCGCUCUUCACCCGUCCUCCCUUUCCCCAGCCCUCAGUGUAGCUCUCUGCCCCUCCCAGACGCUCCCGUCCCUCUUGUCGUUUGUUGGAGUGUGUUAGUCCUGCAGGCCUGCGGUAAUGUGAGGCUCCUCUUGCCGCUACAGGGCACGAACUGGCUGCCGAGGCCGCACUUUUGGCUAAAAGAGGUGCUGCCAGGUGCACAGCCCUGGGCAUGAGCUGUGGGCAAAAGCCCAGCGCUAGUCCCAGGAAAGGUGCCUAGAAGAACACAGUGCAGGACCUCAGUGUUUGCAAGCUGCCUCAAGAGGAGGGUGGGGUAACAGGUCACCAAAGGCUGAUGGGAGCUCCUGGUGUUGAUAGAGAUGGAACUUGGACUUGGAGGCCCUACUGUGCUGCUCCACCACCCCUGGCCUAGGCAACAGCCAGCCCUGUGGCCAACACUGGCCACUCUAGCCCUCCUUAGCAGCGUCACAGAGUCUUCUGUGGGCCCUGCCUCCCACAGUCCCGCCACCCACGAAGGCCCCGGACUAGUGCCAGAGCCCCCCACCGGCCACCUACCCAGUGGACGCCUGGCCCAUCUGUGCGGUAGAAGAACCCGCAGGCCACCUUCGCAGCCUCCCGGGUAUAUGCCCCCUUCCUCAUCCCCAUCUCUUCCUGCUUCGUUCCGUGGAGGCCGCGCAGCGCGCACAGGCACAGGGGCCCGAGGCAGCCGUGCGCGGGACUUGGGGGGUCGGAGCUGCCGCCUGCACUCACAGCUGGUGCCGGUGCAUGCACUGGGCCUGGGCCACAGCUCCGACGAGCUGGUGCGUUUCCGCUUCUGCAGUGGUUCCUGCCGUCGUGCACGCUCCCCACACGACCUCAGCCUGGCCAACUUGCUGAAUGCUGGGGCCCUUCGGCUACCCCCAGGCUCCCGGCCUGUCACCCAGCCCUGCUGCCGGCCCACUCGCUAUGAGGCUGUUUCUUUCAUGGACGUCAACAGCACCUGGAGGACCGUGGACCGCCUCUCAGCAACUGCCUGCGGCUGCCUAGGCUGAGAGGUUUCCCCAGGAGUCUGUAAACUGGGCUUCUGCACAUACUUCUCUCUGCCUGGGACCUUCUGCAGGGUCCCAUUGGCUGGGGGCCCUCAGUCUGCAAUGGAAGCCUUGGACCUGAGGUCCCAGCAUGGUGUGUGAUGGUCACAACCCUGGAUAGGUGGAAGGACUACUAGACUGACCAGAAGCUUCAAGGUGCUCACCCUGGGGCCAUGACCCUAUAGAAAUCAGAGACCUCAUUUUUGAGACCUUCACUUCCUCCUCGUGCAGACUCUGGGACUGGCCAGGCUGGGGGCUAGAGAUGCCUCUGGAGAACACAGCAGUGGCUCAGACCCUGGGUGGAUGGAAUUGGAGGGUAUGCACUGUAGACCUUGGCACAAAGUGCCUAUGCUGGAGAUGGCCUUAUCCUCACCAAUGGGAGCUGGAUCCCUAUUUAUUAUUUCUAAGUUAUUUAUUUACUUCA